UUUGCUGUUGUAGGACGUAUGGAUGAGUUAAAAGUUGGAAAUAAGCUGGUCAAAGCUCGCCAGUACCCUUGGGGUGUUGUACAAGUGGAAAAUGAAAACCACUGUGACUUUGUAAAGCUUCAGGAAAUGCUCAUUUGUACAAACAUGGAGGAUCUGAGAGAACAGACCCAUACGAGGCCCUGUGAACUGUACAGGCGUUGCAAACUGGAGGAAAUGGGCUUUCCUGAUGUGGGCCCAGAGAAUCAGCCUCCCAGUCUUCAAGAGACAUAUGAGGCCAAAAGACACAAAUUUUAUGGGGAACGUCAGAGGAAGGAAGAAGAAAGGAAGCAGAUGUUUGUGCAGCGGGUGAAGGAGAAAGAAGCCAUGCUAAAAGAAGCUGAAAAAGAGGUGCAGGCCAAAUACGAGCACCUCAAAAGAGUUCACCAAGAAGAGAGAAUGAAGCUUGAGGAGAAGAGAAGACUUUUGGAAGAAGAAAUAAUCUCUUUCUCUAAAAAGAAAGCUACCUCCGAGAUAUACCAGAACCAGAGCUUUAUGGGCAGCAACCUGAAGAAGGACAAAGACCGUAAGAACUCCAAUUUUAUGUAAAACAAAGGUUCCAGAUCACAGAAGGUCAUCAGAAGCAAAAGUUAUUAAAAAGUUAGAAAUAUGCUGUGAUUUUCUUGCUCAUUUUAUUUGCUGUAUCAGUUAUUUUGUAUCUGGCAAAUGGCCACAGUUACUGUCUUUUAUAGAAAAAUACUUUCAAGUAUAAGGUCAAUACAUAAACCAGAGUGGGUGAUAAGAACUUAUGCGUCCACUACUGUGAAGUUUUAAGCUGCUGGUUUGUGAUGUAUCAAGAUCAUUGCCUCUACUGCCGACUUACUGUCACUUUGCAGAGCGCCACCACAGAGCCGUGCCACUGCCUUUGACAGCAGAGCUCGCUCACAUCAGGCUGAUUGCAUUUACGUUCUAAGAUGAACCUUUUGUUUUGUGCACACUAAAGGUAAAAUUUUGAGAAUAUGUUUUAAAAUGUAUUAUGUACCUAAAACUCUAACCUCUCAAUAGUUUUAUAGAACUUUUUAAUUUUUGAUAUGAUUAUCCAGUUAGUAACAUGAUCCUAAGCUUUUGUAUAAAAUUUUAUGUAAUAUGAUGGUCUUCCAUGCUUCAGUACACUUUAUGGUGGCUGAUGUAUGAUGAUGAAAAAAAAAAGUUUAAAAGUAAAAACACCCACGUAUAUAUAUACCCUUUUUCUAGUGAUAAGUACUUUUGAAUUGGUGUUAUCACAGUAUUUUUAUUAGGAUGUAUUACAUAUUUGUGGCUUAAAACUGUCUUCCAAGGGAAAAAUAAGAUUGAAUUACCUUACUAAAAAUAUUUCUAAGAAAAUAGCUAUGAGCAUCUGAAUAUUAAAGAUAUAAACAUUUAGAUAAUUCAUAUCAGUGCCUUAGUAGUAGUCUCAGAACAAUUAACUUUUUCUUAACAGUCAUAGGUAUAUAAUUUUUUUAUUUUUUUGUACCUAAAUAUUCUAAAUAAAACUGACAUUUACUCUUGACAAAUAAAAUAUAUCUGCAUAUUUACUAAAAUGUGUUUACAUUAAUUUUUCUGUUUACAAACUGUCAUCUUAAGAAACAUUUUAUCAAAGUUCAUUUAAUUGUAUGUCUGAACUAUUUUAAAACAAGUAUAUUACCAGUAUUUUUCAGACAACAAAAUGUUUAAGUUAGCCUAUGUUAGAUUCUGAACAGUGCUUUUUUUAUGAAGUUGUAUAAGUUGCAAAUAAAACCUUUCAUUUUUU